CACGACCAAAUCAUCAACAAUGUCAUCAGAUACGAUCGCGACAACCUCUAGGAUUCGUUCGGCCGGCAUCUUGCGCCAUCCCGGUGCUUCAACCCAAAUUUCGGGAUGCUUCCGAAGUAUUUCUCGGAACCAUGACUUCAACCACCAAAUACUUCGGAACAGUGCUGUGCCUCUGCGAAUCUUCUCGGAAUACUGAAGAACCGUGAUGACUUAGCAUACGCUGUAGACUUAUAUAUAACCUUAGAUUGGAACUUCCUCAGUCUUCUCAGCACCACUCUCAAGAAAUAAUCAUUGUCACUCAGACUACUCUUUUACACCUCGUUCUAGCAUCAAGAUGCCAACUCUCGAAGUCCCGGGUGCGGAGUUGCACUAUGAUACCUUUGGGAGCGGUCCUGUUCUUCUCUUGAUCACCGGUGCCGAUGGUCGCGGCUCCGUUUGGCACCCUCUAGCAAAACACCUCUCAGCCCAUCACACAGUCAUCUCCUAUGACCGCCGCGGGUACUCGGCCAGCCAUAUCAAAGGCACCCAAGACUACACCAACCGUCUAAACACAGAUGCAGACGAUGCCGCCCUCCUCAUCGAACACCUAAGCCCCACCAACACUGCCAUUGUCGUCGGCAACUCCUCCGGCGCCAUAGUCUCGCAAACUUUACUCCUUCGUCACCCCGACCGCGUAUCAAAACUCAUCUCACACGAACCUCCUGCUUUCGGCGCUCUGCCUCCUGAUUUCCGCGCCAAAGGAGAACAUGUCAUCAAUCACAUCUACAACCAAUACCGCACCCUUGGCCCCAUUACCGCCAUGGAAGAAUUUACCGCCGGCCUAGACACAGGCUCUGAAGCCACGCUCAUGCGUUCCCUGAUGCAUCCUUCCUCCUCCUACGAAAUCAGAGCUAAUUCCAUGUUUUGGUUUGAAUUUGAGUUGAGGCAGUAUCCUUGUGCUGAUGUGGAUGUCGAGGGGCUUGUGAAGCUCAAGGAGAAAUUUGUUCCUGCUGCUGGGGAGGAUUCGGGUAUGGGUGUUGGUGUUGCGCCUAUUGCUGCUAUUGCUGGUGCUGUGGGGAGGGAGAUGUUGAGGUUACCUGGUGGACAUGUCGGGUUCAUGACGCAGCCUGAAAAAUGGGCUGCUGCGUUGUUGGAAGGUAUUGGAAGAUAUUAGGGACUACUUGGUUCAUAGAGGGUCAGCCUUUUGCUCAUGCGAACGUUCGUCUCUCGGAGUGAGAAGAUGAAGUUACCAAUGAUGAUUGAUGCUUGUACCAUUGUUGAGAAGUUUAUACAGAGCCUAGAAUGAACGAGAAC